AUGGAGGAGAACCCUGCAGAAAAGGAGUCAGUGGAAGCAGCCAUAGGAGGAAAUACCUUCCAGCACAGCAGAGUGAACCAGUGGACCACCAGUGUGCUGGAGCGUUGCCUCAAUCAACUCAAGAAGCUGGGAAAGCCUUUCAAGUAUAUUGUGACCUGUGUUAUCAUGCAGAAGAAUGGAGCGGGACUGCAAAUAGCCAGCACCUGCUUCUGGGACAACUCCACAGAUGGAAGCACUCUAGUGAGAUGGGAGAACAAGUCCAUGUACUGUAUCGUCAGUGUCUUUGGACUGACCACCUAA